UGGACGAAACUAAAAUUUAUAUUUAGGCUCUAAAUAACUCUCCUUAUACUUUUAGACGAUGCCAAAAUUAUUGUGUAACUAAUUCUUGAACCAAUAAAAUUAUGAGAUGCGGUAUCAAAUAUGGACACACACCGGCAAACUGUGGUGGCAUUUGACUGAAAAUCUUUCGCUGAGCAAUAUCCUUCAGCGAAAAAGUCAUUUAUCGGCCCCUUGUUCACUAGCGAGCAGAAAGUUUAGCCACGCUUCCCUGAAACUCCCGACCGCCGCGACUCUGUUGCAAAAUGACGAAAAGGCGACGGUCGUGUUGCUCGGCACCGUGCACUUUAGCAAAAAUUCCGUGGAGGAUGUUUCCGAGAUAGUUAAAGUUUUAAAUCCAAACGGAAUUUUGGUGGAAUUGUGCCGGCAAAGAGUUUCGUUGUUGGAGCUAGACGAGAAAAAGUUCAUAGAGGAAGCCAAAAAAUUCGACGCAGCCAAAAUGAAACAAGCCAUGAAGGGUCAAAACGUUGUGUCCGGUAUGCUGCAUGGAAUGUUGCUCAAGACAUACGCCGACAUAGCCAAGGAACUGGGAGUGGCGCCAGGCGGUGAAUUCCGCAGGGCCUACCAUGAAAUGCAGAAAAUACCAGGGUGCAAAUUAUAUCUUGGUGAUAGACCAAUCCAAAUAACGAUAGCCAGAGCAUUUCAGUCGUUGAGCGUUUUUGAGCUCGGCCAAGUGCUAUAUCAUUUAACUUCAUCAAGCGAAUCGAAACCGUUAGACAAACACGCACUGGAAAAAUACAAAGAUAAAGACUUCGUGGCAGCUCAGUUUGAGGAGAUCACUCGGGACGUGCCAGCUUUCAAAAAGAUAUUUCACGUGUUCGUAGACGAACGCGACCGGUGUCUAGCCUACUCGUUACAGGAGUGUGUUCGUAAUGUUGCUAAAACUCCAAGGGUGCUAGCCGUCGUAGGAAUGGGCCAUGUUGAUGGCAUCAUAAAGUACUACGGCCAUAUGAGGCAGGAGGAUAUCAUACCACUUCUUAGCAAUGAAUUUAAAUUUGUUGCAAGGUGAGUGGAAGCCUUCAGCUAUGUGACUGCGCCUGGUUAAGAUUAAGAAGUACAUAAUUUCAUUUCAAUGACAACUCGAAAAUAUAUUUCAUUACGAAAAUUCCCAACUGAGUUACACAAAAUGUUAACCUCGAAGGUGCUGUUGAAAAACUCGACCAAUCAAUGGAAUGGUGGCGGGCAAAGCUGGUAAAUCAGACUCGCGAGUUCCAGUUUCUCCCGAUAUAGUGAUUACGCACGAUGGUUUUCAUAACACUUGCAAAAAAUUGUUUAAAGAUAAAAAAAAAGUUAGUUAUGGAUAGAAAUUUAUUAACUCUCGUAAGGAGUUAAAAGGCUAAAUUUUCCUUAACUCCCGCUGCGCGUGUGUGCAGUUGCACGCUUACUGAGCAAGCGUGAUGAAAAUUAUUUAAU